AUGGCUAAUCCUAAACGAACGAUUUAUGUCGGUGGCUUAGCUGAUGAAGUCGAUGAGAAGACAAUUCAUGCAGCAUUUAUUCCAUUCGGUGAUAUUUUUGAAGUUCAAUUACCGAUGGAUUAUGAAACACAAAAACAUCGUGGCUUUGCCUUUGUUGAAUACGAAACUGCAGACGAUGCUGCAGCCGCUAUUGAUAAUAUGAACGAUUCCGAACUAUUCGGUCGAGCUAUACGCGUGAAUUUAGCUAAACCGGUUCGUUUGAAAGAUACCAGUUCUAAGCCGGUUUGGUCAGAAGAUCAAUGGUUGUCCGAAGCGAUGAAUGCUACAGACAAAGAUGCAUCGUCCACUGACGAUAACAAUAACAGCACAACUACAAGUUCAACAAAACCAGCAGGAGCAGAUUCGAAAGAAACUGAUGUUGAUGAACUCGAUUUGGAUACAGGUCGACCAUUAUCCAAACGAAUCAAAUCAACAGCGAAUCCACGUGUCUAUUUCGAUAUUGAAAUCAACGGUGGCCGAGCGGGACGAUUAGUUUUUACCCUCUACGCAGACAUCGUUCCAUUAACAGCAGAGAAUUUUCGUUGUUUAUGCACACAUGAGAAAGGUUUCGGCUUUCGACACACAUCAUUCCAUCGUAUUAUUAAAGAAUUCAUGGCACAAGGUGGUGACAUGACCAAAGGAAAUGGAACAGGAGGAAAAUCAAUCUAUGGGCGAACAUUCAAAGACGAAAAUUUUAAUUUAAAACAUACACAUGCUGGUCAAUUAUCAAUGGCGAAUUCCGGUCCGAAUAGUAAUGGUUCCCAGUUUUUCAUUACGUUUGUUAAAUGUGAUUGGUUAGACAAUAAACAUGUUGUAUUCGGUGAAGUUAUUGAAGGUUUUGAAUUGUUGAAGAAGAUUGAAGAUGCAGGAACAAAAAGUGGAACAACAACAAAAACAGUGACAAUUGCUGAUUGUAACGAAUUCAAAUAG